GCGACUGCAGUAUUUGUUGUCUGCAGUAUUUCGCUGGAAAGCAAUGGCGGCAGCAGUUGCCGGUUGAUCCUUGUUGUGCAACUUGUGUUAUGAGUUUUUUGUCCAGAUUCUUGGUGCAGAAUGCAUCGUUUACGCGAUGGAGUGUUCUGAAGAACAUUGAGUUCAAGGGAACAUCUUUGUGUUGCUUGCGUAGAUCAGGAUCGAUUUAUUGUGCGCCAACAACCGAUGUAAAGUUAAAGUAUUUCAAAUGUUCAGUGAAAUAUUACAGCACCCGCGAAAAGACCAGGAAAAAGAACUUCUACAAAGUGCUUGGCGUGUCACCCAAGGCCACCCAGGCACAGAUUAAAAAUGCGUUUUACAAGCUAUCCAUCACGCACCAUCCGGACAAGCACAAGGGAAGCGAAGAGUCGCACGAAAAAUUCCAACAGAUCAGCGAGGCUUACAACGUGCUAAGCAAUAAGGAGACGAGAAAACAAUACGAUCGAGAACUUAUUGUCGAGGGACAAUUACGCGCGGAGCACACUCAUGCCUAUAAGCCACCCCAAUCAUUUAAGAAGGAUCCUGCAUCAAUUUACAAUUUUGAUGAAUGGACGAAAGCUCACUACUCAAACCAGCUCGAUCGAAAUCAACGAACAAGAAUUAGAAGAGAAGAGCUUAAGGUAGAAAAUUCAAGCACGGCAAAAAUAGGACCCGGUACAAUGAAGAAGACUUUUUUCAUCAUUACUGCUGCAAUAUCUGCCUUUAUGUAUAUUUAUCUCAGCAGGCAAAGAAAACAAAUCUUGGAAUCCACAGACGACUAGCCCUUUAAACUCCCAGCACUGAUCAAAACCUAUGUUCUCUCAAUAGGCAAAAUUAAUUAAUAGUGAAGAGAACUUUGAUGCCAAGGUUGGGAGAAAAAGGGUUUUAAUCUCCUUUACUUUAUCAGCUUUAAUACAUUCUAACAAAAGAUUAUUUUGUCUAAACCAAACAAAACAGCAUGUUUAGUUCUUAUGGAAAGAAUUAGUGCAUUAAUACCCUGCAAGCAGGGUCACUUUGAUCUUUCCUAGGUAAGUCGGGAGACACGAUCGCAGAUCUCUGACUGGGCCUAUUAGCUCAACCAGAAUUGCAUCCACGUAUAAAGUAAGAACACUGUAAUGCUUGCAGUAGCCUAUGAUGCUUUUUUGCCAUUGAUGGAACUGCAAAAUGAAAGAAUGAAGUGACUCUGUUCACAGGAUACCACACUCCUCACAGGGUACUGCAUCAUAGGCUCACACAAGCAUUACAGUGCUCUUACUACAAUUCAGUUCUAAAGAAAUUGCCCUUGUGUGUACAAAUAUUUAAUUUUCCUUCAAUAAGUUAAUCUGGUUCCAAACUUUGGAGAAAAAAAAACAACAAAAUAACUCAAUGUUUAGUUAGCAAUGAAAAAGUUCUUUUGGUCUCUUCUUCCAAGUAUCUGAGUCAAGUUAUUGUUACUUUUUUCAUAAAUUGAUCACUGGAAAUAUGUAAAUACCUUGAAAACAAUCUACAAUAGUGAUAAUUUUAUAAUAAAACAAUGUCUCCAGCAUGGUUUUUGGGACUAAUCAAGACAAA